CUUUCAAGUCACUUUGUUUCCUCAUUUGUAUAGCAAGAAUGGAAGAUGCGGAUACUCCCAACUGCUUUUCCGCAACUUGCGCCGUCAACAACGUGUCGGCCAACGUGUCCACGCACAGCGUCCCGUUCCACGGGAGCAGCACCCUGCUGACGGCGGUGAUCUCCAUCGCCGUGUUCGCGGUGGGUCUGGCGGGAAACAGCCUGGCCAUCUACGUGCUGCUGUGCUGCGCCAAGAUGAAGACGGUGACCAACAUUUACAUCCUCAACCUGGCCGUGGCCGACGAGCUGUACAUCGUGGGGCUGCCGUUUCUCACCACGCAGAACGUGCUCUCCUACUGGCCGUUCGGGUCCUUCCUGUGCCGGCUGGUCAUGACCGCCGACUCCAUGAACCAGUUCACGUCCAUUUUCUGCCUCACCGUCAUGUCCAUAGACCGCUACCUGGCCGUGGUGCACCCGAUCCGGAGCUCCAAUUGGAGGCACCCGCGGGUGGCAAAGGCGGUGAGCGCGGCGGUGUGGGCAGUUUCUUUCGUGGUGGUCCUGCCGGUGGUCAUCUUCUCUGAUGUGCAGGACACAUUUAACUCGUGCAACAUGAUCUGGCCGGAGCCGGCAGACGUGUGGUCAACAGCCUUCAUCCUCUACACCACCACCAUCGGCUUCUUCGGACCUCUGCUCAUCAUCUGCCUCUGCUACCUGUUGAUCGUCGUCAAGGUGAAGUCGUCAGGAGUGCGGGCGGGCUUCACCUCGCGGCGGCGCUCCGAGCGCAAGGUCACUCGGAUGGUGGUGGUCAUCGUGGUGGUGUUUGUGCUGUGCUGGCUGCCCUUCUUCAUCAUCAACAUCAUCAACCUGGUGGUCAUCAUCCCAGAGUCCAGCGCCACGGCGGGGAUUUACUUCUUUGCGGUCAUCCUGUCCUACGCCAACUCCUGCGCCAACCCGCUGCUCUACGGCUUCCUGUCGGACAACUUCAAGCAGAGCUUCAGAAGAGUGCUGUGCGUGAAGAAGGGGAGGCGCAAAGCCAACGAUGUGGAGGACGGUGACCCCAGUGCUCGCCGCUUUGUGAGGUCCAAGCCAACUGAAUGCGCCCCUCACUCUCCUCAUACUCGGGUGUCCCAACGUCCUCAGAGCAGCCAGAUCUCUCCUCAGCCUUCCGACCCUCCAGCUCGUCCCACAGCCCCUGACUUGAACUGUUGCCAGUCUUCCUCUGUUUUCCUUGGACCCCUGAGGGCAACCACAACAGUUACUGAAACCCAUCUGGCAACCCAGGCUGAAGUCCCCACCAUCAUCACCCAAACUCAAUCUCCUGCUGCUUCUUAGAUAGUCCUUCAUGGGGAGUGGCCACCAUAUCCUGUGGAGGAUGAAAUAUGAAAUACAAAUAAGUUACACUCAUCGUAUGGAGCACAAGUAAUGCAAAUGUGUUUGGAAUCAAACAACCUCAUGCAUAGUUCCAUCUGUUACACAUACAGUAUGAACCUGCAUGGACUUUCCUCAAUGCAUUCCACUGACAUAAGUGCCUUUUAGCCACUCUGAUCCUACAUAGACAAAAGGAACAUGCAUUCUUUGCUUCUUGCAAAUUUCCUAGUUUCUGUUAAAGGAGAACAUUAUCACAAUUUCAGAAGGGUUAAAACCAUUAAAAAUCAGUUCCCAGUGGCUUAUUUUAUUUUUCGAAGUUUUUUUCAAAAUUUUACCCAUCACGCAAUAUCCCUAAAAAAAGCUUCAAAGUGCCUGAUUUUAACCAU